AUGUUAAAUAAUUCUCAAUUACCAUUAUCAUCAUCAACAAAUAAUCUACAAUCAUUGACAACAUCAGAUAAUGUACCUCAACGAGUUACAUCACCAAAUUUGAUUCCGAUUAUACCAUCAUCAGAUACAAAUCAAUUAAAUUCUACGUUGUCCACAGCAUCUUCUUUGACAACAAUAACAACGGAUAAUAAUGAAAACAUUAUGCAACAAUCAUCAUCAUUAAAAACUAAAAGACAAAUGAAAAAACGUCAAAUAAUUGAAUCUUCACAUAACUUAAGAGAAUCAGCAAAAAGAACGAGAAGGAGAUAA